CACAACUCAGCGGAGCUCCCGCUGAUGGCCAGACCGGGCUCCAGCCCUGCCGAGCCGCAAGCCGCAGCAGAGCCCCCCGGCCGAGCCCCGCGGCGGGCAGCCCUCGGGCCGCAGCACGCACACGCUGGGCACAGGACAGCUCCAGAGUCACCGCAGAGGGACACGGACCCGCGCGGAGCAAUAGCAAAUGCACACAGCGCGGGGGCACACGCACACGCGGGACCUGUCCCCAGCCCCGCGGCGGCGCCACCGCUCCUGCCGAAGGACCGCUGCAGGGCUGAUGUGCAUCGCGGGCCCCACCGAGGUCAUUCCUGUCACCCGCGCUCGGGAAGCAUGCGGGUGAGCCCACCAGCUGCAUGGGAGAAGGGGCUGGCUGGCGGACAGCCGCUGCUAAAGAAGCUGCUCCCCCCCAACUUGUCAUCCCUCUCAUCUGCCAAGCCACCCCAAGUCCCCAUGAGGCUGCCACUUCUGCCGCUGCUUGUCCUGUGGGUUGCCGCGGCUUCCUGGGGAACCCUGGCAGAGGGCGAGGGAUGCAACCGGACAGCGCGGCCAGGGUUGGAGGAACAGGCUGCGCACACUGAUAGAGGGACCCUCCUGAACCUCAGCGUGAGUGACCACGGCCGGCCAGACUCCCUGCUUGUGUCCUGGGAUGAGCCGGAGGUGGGUGCCGAGAGAUACUCGCUCGCCCUCUCCUCCCUGGGGUCAGGCACACCGCUGCAGAAUGGAUCUGCUGGACCAAACAUCACCAGCUUCUGGUUCCAUGGGCUGACCCCUGGCACACGGUACAAGAUUGAGGUGACAGCCACGCUUACCUGCAUGGAUACCACCAGCCAGACAGUCACAGCACAGACAAGUCCUUCACCUGUCCGCAACCUGAGCCUGAGCAGUGGUGGGAGCUCUGCCAUGCUGCACGCCUCCUGGGUUCAUGCCCAUGGCCAUCGAGAUGGCUACCACCUUGCCCUCUACCACAGUGACUCCCAGACGCUGGUGAGAAAUGCAUCCAUCUCGCCAAAUGCCUCCACGUUCCUGUUCGACGGGUUGCUGGCUGGCAGUGAGUAUGCCUUGAAGGUCAGCACGCUGGCUGGAUGGAACCAGGCAAGCACCAGUAUCCACCACUGGACAGCUCCCUCCAUCCCCACCCAUCUGAGGCUCAGCCCCGGCUCCAGCACCAGCCUCGUCGCCUCCUGGAUGGGUGCUAUGGGGGCCGCAUGGCUGCACCUUGCGCUCCACAACCUCCUCACCCAGACGGUGACCACGACCCUGUCUGCCAGAAGGGGCCUCACCAGCUACACCUUCCAGCAUCUCCAACCUGGCACCCACUACUGGCUGGGGCUGAGCGUCGCGGCUGGGCCCUACACUGUGGCAGGGCCCAAUGCCACCGCAUGGACAUACCCGCUGAGCCCUGGCAAUGUGACCCUGAGCAGUGCGGAGGAGCAGAGCUCCUUGCAGGCUCGCUGGAGCACCCCAGCGGGAGAGAGGGAUUUCUACCUGGUGACGCUGCAGGAGGGAGAGGAUGGUGCUCCAACGAGGAACAUCUCUGUCAGCGGAGACAAUGGUCAUGUCACCUUCCAUGGGCUGAGCCCCGGGAAGCAGUACUCCGUCCAGGUGACAGUGGUGGCUGGGCCUUACCGGGCAUCAGCGCGCAGCGCAGCAGCCUGGACACAGCCACUACCACCAUCUGGUGUGAGUCUGUCCAGCCAGGAGAGCCCUCACAGCUUACUAGCCAGCUGGGAGGAGGCAAUGGGAGAGGGUUACGUGCUGGCCCUCAGCGCCGUGGAGGACCCUAUGAAGAACAACUCGCUGCUCAGAGGUGUCACCAACUUCACCUACGAGGGCCUCUGCCCUGGGACUCUCUACACCUUUGAGGUCAGCACUGUGGCUGGCCCCUAUACAUCCUCGCCCCAGCGCAUCACCAACUGGACAUAUCCUUUGCCACUGCAGCAGCUGACCCUCAGCAAUCAGGGCCACAGCACCUCUCUGCAAGCCUCCUGGAGGGCAGCUCCCACUGGCAGCACUGGCUACACAGGCACCCUCUGGGAAACCAAGUCCCAGAAGCGGGUCAGGAACGUGACUCUUGGGAAUGACUGGACAAAUGUCACCUUUGAGAACCUGGUCCCCGGGCGACAGUACACACUGGAGAUGGCUGCUAUGGCCGGACCUUACAGAUCCUCUGUGCGAUCAGCCGCAGACUGGACAUACCCCCUGGCUCCGGCCGGUGUGACCCUCACCAACACACGACGCUCACUGGGACUCUCUGCCUUCUGGGACAAGGCUGCUGGCGAUGUGGACCAGUUCCACCUCCAGCUCUACAGCAAGAGCCUUCCAGCACAGAGGAACAUCACAGUGGGGCCAAACACCCACAAUUUCACGUUCCUGGGGCUGUCCCCUGGCAUUCAGUACUUCCUGAAGGUGACCAGCCUCGCUGGCCCGUACAGAUCCUCGUCACACUUUGCCACUGAGUGGACAUAUCCACUAUCUCUGGCUAACGUGAGCGUACAGCCUGGCCAGAGACAGGAACUACACGUGAGCUGGGUGGAGUCUGGCGGUGGCAGAGACCACUUGGUGCAGCUCUCGGUGGCUGAGUCCCUGUCCGUCAUCAGGAAUGUGUCUGUCCCCCGUGGAGUCACCCAGCUUGACCUGGAGGGGCUGGUGCCAGGGUCCCGAUACCGUGUGGAGAUCAUUUCUCAGGCUGGGCCUCAUCGCAUCUCCUCUCAGACUGCCAUCGGCUACACUGUGCCGCUACCUCCUCCUUCCCUGUCGGCAAGCCCUGUCAGCACUGCCUGGGCUCUGGCUGUGCACUGGGAGACCCCUCCUGGGCAGAGGGAUGGAUACCAGCUCAGUGUGCACAAGGAAGGCUCUUCUGCACCAGCAAGGAACCUGGAAGCUGGGAAGGACAGCACUAACGUCACCCUGGCACAGCUGGAACCAGGAACAUGCUACCUUGUUAGGAUCUGGGCGGUAGCUGGACCUUACCACUCCCCCACAAAGAACGUCACUGGCUGCACAGUUCCUGCUGCACCUACAAACUUGAGCCUUACCAGCCUAGGCAGCCCCUCAGAGCUUUACGCGUCCUGGAACAAGCCCCCUGGCAGGAGGGACCACUACCGCGUUAUUCUCUAUAGCCUCAGCACCCAGAGCAGAGAUCGAGUCCAGACCUUGAGUCCAGAUGCCCAGAACAUCACCUGGACUCACUUGGAGGCAGGCAGCAAGUUUGCUGUGCAGGUCAUUGCCAUGAAAGGCUCAUCUAAAGCCUCCUCCACCAAUGUCACCCAAUGGACACAUCCCAUGGCUCCUGCCAACCUCACCCUGGGCAGCCCGUCUGCCUCCUCACUGCAGGCCUCCUGGGCAGCAGCGGGGCGAGGAGCAGAAGGCUAUGUGGUGGAUAUCUAUGACACAGCCUCCAGCAGCCACGUUGGGCACAUGAUGCUGGGCAGGGAUGCCAGGAGUUACAACUUCAGGAACCUGAGCUCUGGCACGCAGUACAGCGUGGCAAUGAGGGCCAUGGCUGGACCCUUCCACAACAGCACCCCUAACCUCACCCACUGCACACGCCCGCUGCCCCCCGCCGCCGUGCGCUUGCUGAGCACAGGGCACCCCGACAGGCUGAGCGCAUCGUGGGGAGCCGCGGCCGGGGGGCGAGAUGGGUACACACUGACCCUGUACCGCGCUCGGCUGGGCACCGCGGCAGCCACGGCCUCGCUUGGGAGGGACACCCACAACUUCACCUUCACGGGACUGGCGCCAGGAUAUGAGUACUCCCUGGAAGCCAGCGCCACGGCUGGACCGUACCAGGCAGCGGCACCCAAUGUCAGUGGCUGGACACGCCCGCUGCCCCCGGCCGCCGUGCGCUUGCUGAGCACAGGGCACCCCGACAGGCUGAGUGCAUCGUGGGGAGCCGCGGCCGGGGGGCGAGAUGGGUACACACUGACCCUGUACCGCGCUCGGCUGGGCACCGCGGCAGCCACGGCCUCGCUGGGGAGGGACACCCACAACUUCACCUUCACGGGACUGGCCCCAGGAAGCAAGUAUGUGCUGGAGGUGAUGUCCAUGGCGGGGUCCUACCAGGCACCUGCAGGGAAUGUCAGCAACUGGACAUACCCCUUGGCCCCCCGUAACGUGUACAUGACGAACCAGGGGUAUCCCAACAGGCUGAGUGCAUCCUGGCAAGCUGAGCCCCAAGGACAAGACAGUUACAGGCUCCUCCUGUAUCACUGGGGAUCAGGUAUUGUGGCAGCCAAUGUAUCUGUUGGGAAAGGCACCAGCAAAUUCACCUUUUCUGGCCUGGCUCCAGGACACAAAUACCUGCUGGAAGUGGUGUCCGUGUCAGGGCCCUAUGCAGCCUCUGCGGGGAACAUCAGUGACUGGACAACCCCCUCCGUUCCCAAAAAUCUCUCUGCGGUGGCAGAAGGGAACCACACGAUGCUCAUCUCCUGGGGCAGUGUCUCUGGACAGCAGGAUGAGUGCCAGCUGUGGCUGCGGGAUCCCAGGAACAGCACGCUGCCCUGGAGGCAUGUUCUGCACCGAGGACAGGUCCAGCACCUCCUCCAGGGGCUGAUUCCAGGGAGAAACUACUCUGUGUCCUUGAGCUGUGUGGCCGGGCCCUACUGGAGCAGCACCAAGCCAUUGCCAGUGCCAGUGGAGCCGAUCCCGGUGGAGGAUGUGCAAUGCCUACCAGAGUCAAGGAGCCUUUACUUGAACUGGAGCAGCUCUCCUGGAGAUGUGGAGGCUUACGAGGUGGUGACAGAGAGACUUUCUGACGGACCUCGCACCUCCAAGUAUGUCACGAGCAUCCCUACAAGCAAGGCCAGUCUGGAGGGGCUGGAGCCAAACUCUUCCUACCGAAUCAUUGUGAGCACAGUGGGCAUGAACAUGAUGAGGAGCCAGGCUGUUACUCUGUUCUGCAACACAACAGUGGAGGCCCUGCCUCCACCCCUGCGAGCAGACAUCUUCCGGGUGGAGGCCAGCUCCACAGUUAUCAUUUCAUCUGACCUGUUCAGCGAGGAGAAUGGACAGAUCGAGUAUUAUGGUGUCAUUGCUACCACUAAUGAUUCGUUGCUGAGGCCCACCCAGGAAAUCAUGUCCAGCACAUGGUAUGACCACUAUUAUGGGACAGAAGACUCCUACCUGGCUGUGCUAAUCCCCAACCCCUUCCAUCCGAGCCCUGGGAGCUCCCCGGAAACCUGGCGAGUGCCAGUGGGAACAGAUGAGUGUGGCCGGUCCAGGGCAACGUGCAAUGGGAAGCUGAAAGCCAAUGAACAGUACAGGUUCAGCAUUGCUGCCUUCACUAAAUACGACCCUGUAGCCCCUGCAGUGACGUUCACCAUGUUCUCAGCUGCUGGAUCUGGUGCAGAUGCAACUCCACUCUCAAUACCUAUAAUCUCCGGAAUCAUUGUGGGAUUUCUUUUGACACUUGCCGCUGUUUUUGCUUUGGUCUACUGGAAACAGCUCAGAGCAAAGAGGACCAGGAAGAGCAGCCUGCCCCAGGAAAUGGUGACCUACAGCUUGAGAAACAUCCAUCGGCCAAUUCCCAUACAGAACUUCAAGCAGUACUAUGAGAUGAAGACAGCAAGUGCUAACCAUGCUUUUUUCCAGGAGUUUGAGGAGCUGAAGGAAGUUGGGAAGGAACAGCCGAAGCUGGAAGCUGAGCUCCCAGCAAAUGUCUCCAAGAACAGAUAUCCCCAUGUGCUGCCCUAUGAUCACUCCCGGGUCAAGCUGAGCCAGCUGGGGGAAGAUCCACACUCAGACUACAUCAAUGCUAACUUCAUGCCUGGCUAUACAUCCCAGCAGGAGUUCAUUGCCACCCAGGGGCCCCUGAAGAAAACGAUAGAGGACUUCUGGAGGCUGGUGUGGGAGCAAAACGUCUGCAAUAUCAUCAUGCUGACAGUGUGCAUGGAGAAUGGGCGGGUCCUCUGUGAUCAUUACUGGCCGUCCGAAUCUGCGCCGGUCUCCUACGGGCAGGUCCGGAUCCACCUGCUAAUGCAGAGCAGCUCCGAGGAGUGGACCAUGCGCAAGUUCAAACUGUGGCACGAGGGUCUUCGGGCAGAGCGGCACGUGUCCCACCUGCACUACACGGCGUGGCCUGACCACGGGAUCCCAGAGUCCACGACUUCCAUUAUGACCUUCAGAGAGCUGGUUCGGGAACAUAUCCAGAGCACCAAGGAUGCGGGGCCGACCCUCGUGCACUGCAGUGCUGGGGUGGGCCGCACUGGCACGUUCAUUGCUCUGGACCGGCUGCUGCAGCAGAUGAAGCAGGAGAAGGUGGUGGACACGUUUGGUGUUGUUUACGCCUUGCGGAUGAACCGUUACCUGAUGAUUCAGACGCUGUCCCAGUACAUUUUCCUGCACAGCUGUAUCCUGGAGAAGAUCUUGGAGGAGCCACUCCUGGGUUUCUCAGGGACAGAGAGGUGCUGCCCCAUCCCUCUGAAAAGCUUUGCUCAGCACUACGCUCAGAAGGCAGCCAAGUCUCACGUGGGCUUCCUGAGAGAGUACGAGAACCUCCUAGAGGUUGUCAAGGAAGAAGCCAGCUCUGCAACACCAUCUUCAGGCAACCAGCAGCCACGGCCCUCUUCCAGCAUCCUCCCAUAUGAUCGCUCCAGAGUGAAGUUUUCCCUGCUGGAACAAGGCCCUUUCUCAGGUCUCUUGCAGGUGUGGCAUGUCCCGGGCUGCAGCUCCAGCAGGGAGUAUCUGGCUGUCCAGGGGCCUGACAAGUUGACCAUGGAGGACUUCUGGACCCUGGUGUGGGAACAGGAUGUUCACACCAUCCUAACACUUCUCCCCUGGCAGGAGAAGGGGGAGGUCCCAAGUGAGGUGUGCUGGCCCCUGGAAGGAGACUCUCUCUGCACAAAGAUGCUGAACAUCCAGUGUGGCACAGAGAAGCUCGUGUCUGGAUGGAGGUGUAUCCAGCUCAAAAUGAAACAUGAGAAGAAAGCAAAGGAGAGGCAGGUACAACAGUUCCUAUACACGCUCUGGAGCAGCAAGAAGCAGCCAGAUGUCCAGAGCCUGGUGGAGCUCCUCACUGCUGUCACACGGUGCAUGCCCCACCGAAAGAGAGCCGGUCCUCUCCUGCUGCACUGCAGUGGUGGCGUGAGCCAAAUGGGGACGCUGAUCUCCCUGGAUUGCCUGUUGCACCAGAUGAAAGCAGAGAGAACUGUGGAUAUCUACGGUGUGACCCUCCAGCUGUCGAGAAGCUGCUGUCUCAUGACCCCGACGCUGGACCAGUACAUGUUCCUGUACACCUGCAUCCGGGACAUCAUCGCUCAGAAGCAGCCCUAACACCACUCAGCGCUUCCUUGGUACCCUCCUGCCCUCCACCUCUGUGGCGUCCUGUCCAUAGUCAGGAGCUGGGGUGAGAGCACCAUGGGGCUGCUGGCACAUAGUGAGCCCUGCAGCGAGAGGGGACCUGCCCUGGCACUGUCACCAGCGUGUCCUGUGCAGUGUUAUCAGUGACAUGAACUUGCCUGAGCAGAUGAUGGGCAGUGCUGUCCCACCACACGCUGCUGUAGCCCCUUGCUGCAGACGCGGUGAUGGGCUGGGUGUGAUGCUCCCCUGCUUUGUCUAUCUCCUGGGAUUCCUGGUGCCUGGAAGGUUUGUUAACCCCACUGCAGUAUGCUGGGGGCUCUGCAGUGCCCUUGCCUCUCAGCACGGAAGAGGCAGCCCCAGCACCCACAGGCUGCUGAGUCUGACACAAGCACUGGGCAUGUGGUGUCCAUGUGUCCAUGGGCACCAGAGGUGUUGAGAUCUCAGACCCUGCUGUGGGCAGAGCAUGGUGGGAGCUGGCUUGUCUCAGCUGAUGGAUGUCUUAAGUGCAAACAAUAAACAGCCCUAGGGUAGA